UAUUUCACAGAUGUUUGAUUAAUUUUGUAAAUGCUUAUGCGAGAGUGAAUAAAAGCUUUAGAACAGUAGAAAAUGCACAGACCAAAUAGAUUAUUCGUUAUUUGAUAAUCCAUUGUGAUUAUAUGAGUAUCCGUGCGCAAGUUGCAUGACGAACGCAUCAUUAGUAACAUCAGAAAUUCCACAAAAUUGCGGUUGAAAAUUGGUACAUACAUAUAAUCAAGCAUAGGAGAGAAAAAGAGGCAAGAUGAAAAUUGUACAAACGUUGAAAAGAACAGAUCUCCUCUAUUUAAUAAUACAUGAAGCGUUUUUUCCCCGAUUGGCGAUCGCGAUUUCCGUUGCGAGAAUGAUUCGAUAAUAUCACAGAACGUUAUGUGGUAACGUAUAGUUUCGUAUAAUAAAUGAGAGAGUCUUGAAGGCGGUGCAAAGGUAUAAAAUACUGCGUUGGGGAAAUCUCACGCUGCAAUCUCAGUAUAAGAUACGGCAGCUAAACGUGUAGAUACGUAAACGUAAUCGGGAGUUUUAUUAGAUUUGCUAGCUACAACAGCCGCAAAGAUGCUGAUGAAGAUCCUGCCGUUGCACGAGCUGUUACACGUGCUGGCCUGGUUGGAGGGAACGUGGGUAACGGAUGAGCUCGCGGAGGGCACCUACCCGACCAUCAAGCCCUUCAACUAUUACGAUCAGAUAAACAUAACGUCGAUCGGUCAGCCGUUAUUAAACUACGUUGCGCAGAGUUGGCAUCCGGAAACGGGGAUACCGCUGCAUCGAGAGACGGGUUUCCUGCAGAUCUUACCAGGAACCAACAAGAUCGUUCUUAGCCUCAUUGAUAACAUAGGAUUGUUUACGGUCGAGCAGGGUGAUUUGGCGAACGACGGCAGCGGUAUCGUUGACUUGAGAAGCACUAACAUACUGACGACAGACGCGUCUGUACCGCAUUUUCCGACUUUAACGGAGACGCGUCGGGUGUACCAACGCAACGGCGACAACUUGGAGCUCGUCUUUUACAUGGCGACGUCGAAGACACCCGAGUUGGUGGAACAUUUGCGUGCAAAGUAUAAAAAAGUGGCAUAAAGAUUCGCGAAGGAUAUGUGUAUGUGUGUGUACACAGUACAAGAAGACAUGAAGAGCAGGAAAGAAUCUUUAAAUCUAUGAGUUAUCACUCUUCAUCCUUUUUGUAAUCAUUUAAAUAGAAAGCAGAAACAUCCUACAUUCUCUCGAAAAAUAUAUAAAUGUAAUUAAUAAAUAGCAGCAUAGACUCCGUUUAUUAAUGCAGCGUAGUGGUUUAUAUAUAUAUAUAUAUAUAUAUAUAUAUAAAUCACUACGCUGCAUAUAUAUACACACACAGGGUGUUUCAGAAAUAGUUGGCCAAACUUUCACUCAUUGUAAGGAUAAAAAAAAGUUAUAUAAACAUGGGUUCGAAAAUGUUUUCUUUCCAAGUUAUAAACAUUUUUUGAUUUUACAGAAAUUGCUGGAAAUAAUUUCCUUUCGCAUCAAUACAUGCUUUGCAUUGACGUCGCAUGGAUUGUCGAAAACGUUCAAAAAAUUUUUGGAGUAUUUCGUAUUUUUUCACACAGCAAUAAUACUAUUUCAAAGUACAGUAGCAACAGAAGUAUCAUACAUGAGAGUCUUAAGAUGCCCCCAUAAGUAAAAAUUCAAAGGGUUUAAAUCGGGAAAACGUGCAAGUCAAGCAAUGGGUCCUCCUUUACCAAUUCAUGUAUUGAUGUAAUUAUUAUUCAGGAACUCUCGAGCAAUGCGGUUGAAAUGUGCUAGAGCUCCAUCAUGCAUAAACCAAAUUUGAUUGCGUAUCUGUAGUGGAAUGUCUUCUAAUAAUAUAGGGAGUUGCGUUUCCAAAAAUUGUCUGUAGUUGUUAUUAUUAAGUGUAGGUGAAAAAAAUCGGUCAAAAAAAAAAUUUCGGAAGGAAAUCAUUUCCAACAAUUUUUGUAAAGUCAAUAAAAAAAUGUUUAUAACUUGGAAAGGAAGCAUUUUCAAACCUAUGUUUAUAUAACUUUUUUUCAUUCUUACAAUGAAUGGAAUAUGCUCUUAAAGUUUGGCCAACUAUUUCUAAAACACCCUGUAUAUAUAUAUAUAUAUAUACACACAUAGUUAUACGCCUACUCUUAUUUCGCUUUUAUCAAGGUGAAUCAACUAACUGGAAGGUUGCGGGUCGGGGCAUACGAUAGCUAGGAGAAAAUUUGCGACUGGCACGCGACGUGACCGCAUAGAGAACUGCGCCACAGAUUGCAUCCUUAAGUGUAUCCUUUCACGCUCGAUCAAUGAAAUUUAGUAUAUUUCGUCGCUAACUAUCGCAAUAUAUGUGACUUUUAUCGAUUACGAUACUCUGUGAUAUUGCGAUUGACGUCGGAGUUACGCAUCGGAGUAGCCAACAUUUCUUGAUUACUAUUAUUAUUUCAUUCGCCUUAUUGUAUCUUUGUAAAAUGGAAUUAAUUGAAGUAAAGAAACAAAAAAUAAAAACUA